AUGUCCGCACCAUCGAAACUCACGCGUGUGGAGCAACAAGCUGCUAACAAACCUCCCUCUCUCACAGCGGGCGAGAUCUCUCCUGAGGUUUUUCGCGCGUGGGAGAUGGGUUGUAGGCAAUUCUUCAUGCACAAAGAGAUCCCUGAGGGCGAAAUGGUCAAAAAAGUCGCCUGGGGAAUGCAAGAGCCCAUCAUUCAGGACUGGUACCUCAAUGACCAGGACCGUUUCAACAAACUCUCGUUCGCGGAUUAUAUAAAAGAAGUCCAUGCUUACUGGUUGCCCGCAGACUGGGCAGACUCCGUCCGUCAGAAGAUGUUGUCGUCGACACAAGGACAGAAGCCGUUCAAUGAGUGGGCCGUCGAGGUUCAAUCAAAAAACACGCUCCUUCGUGACUCAACUUUGCACCUUAAUGACACCAAUCUGAAGUACCAUCUCGAAUCGCACAUGCAUCCUGACCUAGCUGCGGAGUAUCGUACUGAGCAGAUCACCGAGACCAAUCUACGCAAGUGGAUUGAGAAGGUGAGGUUGCUAGAUGAGAAACGCUUACGCCACCUUGCAAAACACAAGGAAGCGGCGGAGGCGGCCUGGCGUGCGAAACGAGGUGAAACUACCACUGACAGGAGACUUGCAUCAUCGUCUUGUUUCAAUUCCAAAGCAGGACAGACCACAUCUAGUUCCACCUCUUCCAAACCGUUCACCCGUCUACCACCGCUCACAGAUGACGAACGCCAGCUCCUACGCGACAACGAGGGGUGCUUUAAGUGCCGCGAGCCCUUCGUACAUCAUUCGUCGAGCAAUUGCUCCAAGGGCUUUCCGGAUGGCGCCACCUACAAAUCUCUCACAGCAGCCUCUGUAGCGGCCAAGAAGGGUAGGAAGGGUACGACCACUGUGGCAGCUGUCGGAAUCCAAGACACGGUAGCAGUUGUCAUGCCGUCUGCUGCUCUUGGUGACGGAACUGAUUCUGGAGAAGAGUGUGUGGUGUUACAAUAA